CCCUAUUGAUUCAAAUUAAAGGUGGAGGAGAUGCUAAGAAGGGAAAAGUUCUGCAACGGACAGCGGUUUUUCUUGGAGGGACACAGAAAUGGAUCUAAAACGCGGCGUGGAUCAGCACGCGCAAAGCAUUAUGCUUCAGACCGAGCCUAGUGAAAGGAAGUCUUUGAUUUCCCCGCAAAAUGAACCCAAUGAAGGUGGGACAAGUUCCAUGCCGACAGCCUCCUUUAAUUUAAUCAAUUCCAUAAUCGGAUCUGGUAUAAUAGGUCUCCCUUACUCAAUGAACCAAGCAGGCUUUCCUCUUGGGAUGCUGCUGAUGAUCAUAGUUGCCUUUAUUACAGACUACUCAAUCAUUCUUCUUAUUAAAGGAGGACAACUCUCAGGUACCAGGAGCUAUCAAGCAUUAGUACAAAGCACUUUUGGCCUUCCUGGAUACUUCAUUCUUUCUGUACUGCAGUUUGUAUACCCCUUUAUCGCUAUGGUCAGCUACAACAUAAUUACAGGUGACACACUUACCAAAGUCUUUCAAAGAAUACCUGGAGUUGGUCCAGACCACAUACUUGCAGAGCGACACUUUGUCAUCCUAGUGACCACCAUUGUUUUCACUCUUCCUCUGUCUCUAUAUCGGGACAUAUCCAAGCUGGGAAAGGUAUCCCUGCUGUCCAUGGUGUUCACCCUUGUCAUUCUCGUCACGGUCAUCGUUAGAGCAGCCACACUUGGAUCACAGAUACCUCCUACAGAGAAUGCCUGGUCCUUCGCCCACUGGAAUGCGAUUCAGGCUAUUGGUGUCAUGUCUUUUGCCUUCAUCUGUCACCACAACAGCUUCAUCAUCUUCGGCUCGCUGCAGGACCCCACCCUCAGGAACUGGGCACGCGUCACGCACAUAUCGGUCAGCUCUGCGGUGCUGGUGUGUCUGCUGUUUGCUGCUGCGGGCUAUACCACCUUCACAGGGUAUACGCAAGGAGAUAUAUUUGAAAACUACUGCAGGAACGACGACCUGGCUACAUUUGGGCGCUUCUGCUAUGGGAUCAGCAUAAUCACCACUUUUCCACUGGAAUGCUUUGUGACACGGGAGGUGACGUCAAAUGUAUUUUUCAAUGGAACACUCAGCAGCGCCACCCACUUUGCUGUAACUGUGGUGAUAAUAGCCGUGGCCACGGCAAUCUCCCUUACCUACGACUGUCUCGGCACUGUGCUGGAAUUAAAUGGCGCCGUCACUGCUACGCCCCUGAUCUUCAUCAUCCCGUCCGCAUGCCACCUCAGGCUGUCGGCCGGACGCUGGUUCGAGGGGGACAACCUGGCGUCCUGCAUCAUCCUCCUGUCAGGCGUGUUCGUGAUGAUCGUGGGCGUGACCAUGACCACCCUGUACCCCCAAGACUGCACCCACGGGGCAGAGAUGUUCUACUGCUCAUCCUCCAACGUCUCUGUGAUCCACACAACCCCCUCCACCAAUCUGGAGCCAUCCCAGACUAUGUCCCUAGAUGCUUCUCUUUUUACCUAAUUUUUUAAUUUUUAUUUCACCUUUUAUGUUGUA